AUGGUGGUUGCUAGAAGACGCUGGAGCCGGAAGAAAACUAUCCAAUUCUCUUUCAUAAUUCCUGUCGCAUCUGCGGUGACCCAAACUCACAUUUUAUUCAUGAAAUGGGUUGGAUUGGUAUUAGUACUUCGUUUUGCUUUCAUCGAGUUCACUAACGAAGUGGGUGCAAGAGCUGCUUUGAGUCUGUCUGGGACAAUGGUUGGAUUCUAUCCUGUGAAGGUUAUGCCGUCCAAAACCGCUAUCGCAAUGGUUAACUCAACAUUCUUGCCAAGGUCUGAAGAUGAACGUGAGAUGUGUGCGAGAACUAUCUACUGCACUAACAUUGACAAGAAGGUCACUCAACAGGAGAUAAAACUGUUUUUCGAGUCUGUGUCUGGAGAGGUGUACCAUCUCAGGCUGUUCGGAGAUUAUCAUCAUCCAACCAGAAUCGGUUUCGUUGAGUUUUUCAUGAAACAGUUCAUACACGGAACUCGUCAGGUCGGUACCAUUAAGCUGCCACUUAGUCUCAUUGGAGUUCCUCUCGAAAUGGUUUUGAAGCUGUUACCGAAACAAGUCAUCAAAGAGCUAAUUGGCGGUCAUUACUACCUUGAUGCUUCUAUGUACACUCUCCUUGACCAGUCAAGUGGCCCUGGUUUUGAUUUCUUCUCUGAGGAGUUUGGUGGGCGUGGAACCUCGAGGCUAUGUGGGAGGUUCCGUAUCAUGGAUUCAAUGGUUCUAAUGAUAUGA